AUGGGCUAUAAUGGUUCCGCAGAGCUGUUUGCCGAAUGGGCCAUCGGGCUCGUAGUCGUGGCUGUUCGCGUCUACGCACGAUGGUCUGUAGAUGUCUACGGGUCCAACAUUGGCCUGACAGAGAAGACGGCAAUGGAGGUACCAGAUGAAGAAGUGGCGAUUCUUCGAAAGGGUUCCAUCUAUGCCUUUGUGGCAUGGUUAUCAUACAUUUUCAUGGUGUGGUCAUUCAAGGGAGUGCUCAUGUUCCUGUAUGGGCGACUAACAAUGGGACUGUGGCAGCACCGCCUUGCCCAGGCUGUCGGCGUUCUGUGUAUCUGCACCUUUCUUGCAUCCCUAUUCUUCCACUUGUUUAUCUGCCAUCCGGUGCAGAAAACAUGGCAGAUCAAGCCAUACGCUGGAGACAAUUGCACAAUCCGCCCCCUCAACUACAUCGUCAUCGAAACACUGAGCAUCGUAACCGAUCUCGGCGUCAUGAGCAUCCCGAUCCCACUCGUCCUGGCCGCCCGAAUACCCACCCCCCAGAAAAUUUUCCUCAGCGUUCUCUUCUCCUCUGGCGUUUUUGUUAUGGUCGCUGCUUUUUUGCGCGCCUAUUAUUCCGUUAAAGACAUCACAACGCUUUCCACUGCGCUGGGAUGGGCGUCCCGCGAGGCACUCGUUUCGGUGAUUAUCGUCUGCGCGCCGGGGAUCAAGCCACUGUGCACGAAAUGGGGAUGGUUCCGAUCGUACGGAUCUUCAGGAAGUUACGAAUACAAUUAUGGAUAUGGACACAGUCAGGGGCAAAACCGGAGUCAGGGGAAUGGCGACAGGUCGAGGGCCCGGAGCACAGUUUUUGGUGGGAAGAGGGGGAGCGGUGCUUUUGGCACUGAGAGAUAUCCGUACGAGAUGGGCGGCUCGGCGGUGAAGAAGAAGAGGGAUUCUUCUGGGGAGAGUCAGGAGCGGAUUGUGGCCCCGGGGCUUGGGAUUCAAGGAAAGGGCAGUGACGAUGAUAUUAAUCGUAUUGUGGUGACAACAGACGUUACCUUUGCUCAUGAGGACUUACAUACAAGGCAAACUUAG